GUGCCACGGGAAAAGUUCUCAGGAGAGUUCUUCGCACGAAUGGCGACGCGGCGUGGCCCUCGCGGCGGCCCGUAGGCGCCGGUUCUUAUCUUCCGGGCCACCCUUCUCAGGGAUCUCCGUUUAGCAGUCUUGCCGUAAGUGCUGUCUCUUCUCCAAGAACCGUUAGGUUUUUGGGAGGUCGGUAGCGGAAGAAAUCGCCAGUGUCCUCACAAACCUCUUCCUGGAAGCCCCGGGCGUCGCGGCCGGAAGUACGCAAGCGCUGCGCCUUGACCUCGCCGUGUCCAGUUCCGGGGUCGUUCCGCUCCGCUGUCCAGGCCGCGGCGUUGGGCUCUCUCUUCCGCUGGGCUGCUGCCUCCGGUACACCGGCCCGGCCGGCCCGAGCCGAGGGGAACCGAGCGGAUCCGGGUCCACUCGGCCCGGCCAUGAGCGCGGUCGCAUGAUGCGUCGCCGCUCGCGCCGCUGCAGCCGACGGCCGCGAGGAGCCGCAGCACUGGGCGACCCCACCCGGGCCUCGGGCCACAUCACACAGGACAACAUGCGCCUUACAGUCCUGAAAAAAAGGCACAAGUGCUCCCAUGAUGCUUAGAAGCAAUUUGUAAGGGUGUGUCAGGGAAUCAUGCAGCCGUCAGGACACAGGCUCCGGGACAUCGAGCAUCACCCUCUCCUGACCGACAAUGACACUUACGAUUCUGCGUCCUCCGAGGCCGACAUGGCAGACAGGGUGUGGUUCAUCCGUGAUGGCUGUGGCAUGGUCUGUGCUGUUAUGACAUGGCUUCUCGUCGUCUAUGCAGACUUCGUGGUAACCUUCGUCAUGUUGCUGCCUUCCAAAGACUUCUGGUACUCUGUGGUGAAUGGAGUCAUCUUCAACUGCUUGGCGGUGCUCGCACUGUCGUCCCACCUCAGAACCAUGCUCACUGACCCCGGGGCUGUCCCCAAAGGCAAUGCCACCAAGGAGUACAUGGAGAGCUUGCAGCUGAAGCCUGGCGAGGUCAUCUACAAGUGCCCCAAGUGCUGCUGCAUCAAGCCGGAGCGUGCCCACCACUGCAGUAUUUGCAAAAGGUGUAUUCGGAAAAUGGACCAUCACUGCCCGUGGGUGAACAACUGCGUAGGAGAAAAGAACCAGAGAUUCUUCGUGCUCUUCACGAUGUACAUAGCUCUGUCUUCAGUCCAUGCUCUGAUUCUCUGUGGGCUUCAGUUCAUCUCCUGUGUCCGAGGGCAGUGGACAGAGUGCAGCGACUUCUCACCUCCCAUAACUGUAAUCCUGUUGGUCUUCCUGUGCCUUGAGGGCCUCCUGUUCUUCACGUUCACUGCGGUCAUGUUUGGCACCCAGAUCCACUCAAUAUGCAAUGAUGAAACAGAGAUCGAGAGGCUCAAGAGCGAGAAACCGACGUGGGAGCGGAGACUGCGGUGGGAAGGGAUGAAGUCUGUCUUCGGGGGCCCCCCCUCCCUCCUCUGGAUGAACCCCUUUGUUGGCUUCCGAUUCAGACGGCUGCAAGUGAGGGCUAGGAAAGGGGGCCCUGAGUUCUCUGUGUGAGCCUUCGGGGCCGGGACGUCUGCAGACAUCUUGAUGCUCCUUGGCCUGCAGACAGCAGCCUGGUGGGCAGAUGGAGCUGGCCAGCUGACGAGGCCGGGAGCAGCUACGGGGCCACGGGGCCUUGUCAGUUUUUGUGUGUACUGCCAGGAGAAGCAUGCAGCCCCAGGAGGCCAUCCUGUCACCAUCCUGACACUUGGGAUGCCACGUGGGCCGAGAGCAUCCCACAGGCAGAGCUGCUUCUCAGUCGUGAAGAAAGCCGCAGAGCAGCAGCUGCUGGCAGGCCUGCUGGCCCGCCCCCAGCACGCUCCCUUUCCAGAAGGGUUUCCACAGAGACUCUGUGGCUUGGAGGGCUCCAACCCCUAGCACUGAACAGUGAAGACGGCUUCCAGAACACUCCCUGCUGUCCGGAAUGGGCAUCCUUUGACCCUUCCAGCAAGUCUGUACGUGCUCAUCUGUGUGUGUGUCUGUGUGUGUGUGUGUGUGUCUGUGUGCGCGCGCACGCAUGUGCCAGAAUCAGCAGUGUUGUUCAGGCACGUGUGUGGUAGACAAGCUGUCUUUCCGACUCCAGUGUUUCAGGGAAGUGGGACGCACUGCUGGCCCUCGCUGGCCUUCUAUGAAUGUAUCAUACAGUGUCCAGAUCCAAAGAACAGGCAUGCCUGCACAUGGGCCCGGCCUCCUGCUUUUAUUUCACUCAAAGUAGUAUUUGAGGGCGUGGAGCUGAGGUCUUGUUGUUCCGGCCAAACUGACAGCAUGCAACAGUCCCUCAACAAGGAAGGUGGCGCCCUGUGCUGAGGCCCAGCACUGUGGGGAGGGGGCCGUGGGAGCUCAGCAUGAGAGGGGCGAGCCGCCUUGGCCCCUUUGGGCAGGUGCUGCAGGGGCCAGCCCGGUGCCCAAGCUGUCAGAGCAGUGACUGAUGACUUGAUUUCUCCACCGUGGCGCUGCGCUCAGAGUGCACCCUGGGUGCGGCUUCGAAUACGGCAGUCCACACACAGCUCCCCUCGGGGACUUGCCUUAAACUUGUAGGUUGUUCCUUUGCCGCUGAGUGAGAGCGGUCUGACAGAGGCGGGGGACUUGCUGCGAGUCCGCUCCCGUGCAGACACCGUGUGUCCCUGUUGGGACCAGCUGCCUUUCUGUCCUGUGAUACCAUGACUGUUGGCCAUGUCAGUCGCUUUUACCCGGCCUCCUCUGGGCUUCUGUGCCACCGAGGGGAACCCCAGGACCUGUGAGCCUAGCCCUAAUGCAGUGAGCAAACUGGGGCGCCCUCAGAUUGUCUCUGCAUUCCUUUGCACAUGUGUCUGGGCAUGCAGGCUCUGGGGUGCCAUCCUCCAGUGUGGAAUCUGUGGCGGUGAAUCCAAGCUGAGUAUACUUGACUUUUCAACUCCUCAGUGUGAUUUUAUAUGAAAUAAAGUGACCCGUCCACAGUU